AUGCAACCAUUAGAUGAUGAAUUGAUUUUUGACAAUAUUAAACAACACGAUCUAGCUGACAUAGUUAAAGGAGAAUUGCAAGGUAUUAACGGUGGACAAGAACUAGCACAUAUAUUGUUACGAACACAUGCAUCAGCAAAAAAAUUUUCAAAUGAAAAAGAAUUACAAUUUAUUACAUCUUAUCAAUUAUCCUAUCAAAAUAUCAAACGUUCAGCACGUAUAUUACGAACAUAUGUUUCGAAUAAACAUGAUCCAGUAUUUGCUUUAAAACCAGCUAUCUUUCGAAGUUAUCUUGAUCCUAUAUUGAAUAUUAUUGGUAAAGCUUCCUUAAUUAAAGCAUUGGCUCAACAUUUAUUGGAUCCUGAAUUAAAUAAAGCAUCAUAUACUACUCUACCAAUGCUGACAAUGGAAGAUCGACAACAACAAAUGGCUUGGUAUGCUCCAGCGCAAAAUCUUAAUGAAUUGAUUGCAUCUGUUGAAGAGUGUACAAUUGAUCUUCAUCUGAGAAUAAUCAAUAAUCAUAUGUAUGAGGACAUAUGCAAAAAACAAGAAUUUAUUGAUUAUGGUGUAAAUUUACUUGAUUAUCUUCAACCAUUAGUUAAAACUAAGCAAGAAAAUGAAUCCGAUGAAGGACUCUAUUCACAAGCAUCAAUGAUUCGAUCAAAAAUUUUGAUAGACGAUACACAACAAUCAAUAGCAUUCAGUUCUGAUUUGAAAAAAUGGUUAUCAAAAACACAUCAGUAUUUAUAUUCGAACAAAAUCAUACUCUCAUUCGAUAAUAUUGACGAUUCAUUAAAUUUAUUAGAUGUAACUAUUAAAGAAUGUUACAAACAAAUUCUUGAAUUUGCUCAAGAAACAUCAUUUAUCGAUGCACAAUAUCGUCUUACGAAGUUACAACAAGUAAAUAAUACAAUUCAUCAACUUUCAUCAUUAUCAAGAAAAUUACAGCUUAUUUGUAAAUUAUCACAUUCAUCAAAUACACUCAAAUGGUGUACUCAGAUUCAAGAGCAUCUUAAUACACUUUUAAUUACCGAAACAUAUAUGAAAUGGGUCGCUUUUCCAUGUCAACCAAUGGCAAAGAAUGAUUUACAUAUUGUUUCACAAACACAAGAAUCAAUUCGUCAACGUAAUCAAAUAAAUUUAGACAACGAUGAUAAUGAAUUUAAUUUAGCUUUAAAAUUAAUAAAUGUUCAUCUACAAAAAGUACAAUCAAUUCCAAUAAUUUCUUCAGCUGAUCAACGAUUGGAUAUUAUGUUGAAAUUAUAUCAAUAUUUAUCCGUUAUGGAAGAUGACAAAUAUAUUUUAUUAGCUGCUUCGAAAUUAGAAUUAAAUGUUGCAUGUAAACUUGCUAUGAAUUUUAUGAUUAAGCCACAAUUCAUUGAAAAGAUGGAUGAACAACAAACAUUAUUAAAUUCUUCGAAUUUACUUGCUAGUUUAAAUUGUUUAUAUUUUAUUCAUACGAUUCUUCAUGAUAUCUAUACUGAACUAGUAUCAUGUCAUAGUCAACUCGAUAAAAUCACUCAUCAAUAUGAUUCAGAAAAAGCAAAAUUAAUCGAUAAUGUGAGUAAUAUCGAUUAUGAAAUUGAAAAGAUUUAUGAAAAAAGAAGACGAUUAUUCGAACCCGAAUCAAGUGAAGAAACAAUUAAUGUCGACGAAGAAUUAACUAAGCUUCAAGAUGAAGAAAAUAAAUUAGAAGAUAAAAAAGCAAGACAUUUUAGUACAUUGAAAGCGAUUGAACGUAUAUAUGAAAAUGUAUAUACUUUAUUUUUACCGCUACGAGAAAGUUUAAAAAAAUUUCAAGCAAACGGAUGGCUACAAACUAUACGUGAAUAUGGUCGACGUCGACAAGAAAAUAGUAUUAUUGAAUUACUUGAAAGUAUAUCAAAAAUUUAUAUAAAAGAAUAUGAUUUAAAUCAAACUUAUUCGUCUUCGAAUAAAAUUGAUGAAGAAAAUAAACAAUUAAAAUCUGAUGUUUUACGACAAUUUGUUUUUAAUCAGAUAAAUUUUGAUGAUAUAAACACAUCACAUGGACGUUCGAGUCUGACUAUCAUGCAACUUAUUUAUCCAAAUUUAUUUCAACAAAAUAUGUUAAUAUAUAUUUUAAAAGAAGAUACAUUAGCAUCAAUAAUCAAUAAAUGCUUGGAAACAGAAACUACAAUUGAUAUUCUUAUCAAUGUACAAUUAACAAAUCUUUUACUUGUUGAUAAACGUAAAUAUAAUCGAUAUUCUACAAAUGAAACAGGAGUGGCACGUUUAAAUGAGCAACUCAUUCUUCGACAUUUUGCUCUCGAUUAUGGAAGUGCUCAAGCACCACUUGAUGAUAUUUUUAUUCAAUUUGCUGAUCGUUUUAUUAACGAAGUAAAGCAACGAUCUAUGAAUUCUGAUAUAGAUACUCAAAGAAAAAUUAUUCAAAUUGAAAUUGAUGCCACUAUUUUUCAUUUUGCUUUACCAUGUCUAGUUGAAAAGAUAUUUCAACAUGGAAAUAUUAAUGAUAUUGAUAAUUUAAUAAUCGAACCAAAUCAUAUUGAACAAUUGAAUCGAGACAUUCAAGGAUGGAUACAAGAACAACGAUUAGCAGGUACAAUUCGAACUGAACAACAAAUCUACGAAAAUCAAGUUGAAAAUGAUAUUCAUAAAGAUAUAACAUUUUUCUUAAAUAUUAUCGAACAAUCAGAAAUUAUUCGAAAACAAACAUUAACAUCAACAGAUAUUAAUAUUCGAGAACUUGUUAAAACAGUUACUAAAGCAAGAACAACUCUCACACGACCAACUAUUGAAAAACUUGAGAAAAAAUUAGAUGAAACUUUACUCAUGUGUAUACCUAAAGAACCAAUUGCUAAAGCACGAACAUUAGCUAUUGUUGAAGGAAAACAAUUCCGUUAUCCAGUUUUAAAUCUUUUGAAAUCCCAUCUUUCGGAUUCUGAAACAAAAUUUCAUGCAUUUAUUUCAACAUUUAUCGAUCGUAUACAUAUGAUACAAGCAAAAUUACUACAAAUUCUUUUAAUACAUCGAUCGAAUAUGAAUGAAAUCGAUCUUUAUAAAAAAUCACAUCAAAUAUCAAAAUUAUUAAUUUCAAUUGUUGAAUUUGUUAUGAAUAAUAUUGAUGCAUAUGGACUUAAAAUAUCAGUUGAAAAUUUCUAUGAAAAUAUUAAAUCAUUCGAAGGUGAAAUUCUCAAACAAGUAGCACAUACACAAUUUAAAACAGAAGAAGAAUUAACAGUAGAAGAUACUAUGAACUUUAAACUAUUUACUAGAAUUGAACUAGAAAAUGCUAUUCAACAUGCUGUAACAGAUCCAACUGCAAAUAACAAUGUUACAACAGAUCCAAUAAAUAUUAAUCAACCAGAAACAAAAUUAGUUAAAAAGAAUGCAGAAGAAACAAUGCUUGAACGUCAAAAUGAUGAAUUAUCGAAAGUUGAAAAAGAAUUAGAACAAUUAAGACAAUUGGCUAAACAGAAUGAUCUAUCGAGAAUACAGUAUGCAAUUGUUAUGUUACUCAUGGAAUUGAACGACAUAAAACGUAAUAAAACUGUAUUGAAUGAAGUAAGUUUAUUGAAAUGGCGGAAUUAUCCAAAACAAUUACAACGUCGAAUUGCAAGUGAAUCUAUUGAACAUAAAAAAAUAGAUAUUUUCAAUAUAAAACGAGUAAAAUAUGAAAAAUCAAUGGAUAUUAUGCAGGAGAUGCUGGAGAAAACCAUAAGAAAUCCAAGUCAAACCGGAUAUCAAUUUUCAGAUGAUCGAGAUAAUCUUUUGGCUUUAGUGAAAUCUUUAACAGAUGAAAAAUGUUCAGAGAAAGAAUCGGUAUUAGAAUUUUUAACUGAUUAUUUUCAUGAGCAAACAUUUGAAUCAAUGUGGGCAUAUGUUGAAAAAUUGAUCUAUGAAUUUUGUUUACCAACCGAACAAAAUUUAUCAGUUCAAUUGAUUAUUGAUAAUUUAAAAAAUUUAAUGGCCAUAUUUAUCUUUCUUGAUUCGACAUCAUUAGCCGAAAUAUGUAAAGAAUUAUUACAAUUUUGUCAAGAACAUGCACAUGAUCAAACUGAACAAUUUCAUUUACCAGCACCGAAAUUAGAACUACUUCGAACAAAAACAUUGGAGAAUGCUAUUCAACAACGAUCAACACAAUUACAAAAAUUAAAUCCAUGCGAUAAAUCAAAACUUGUAUUGAUUUCGUCAGAUGAUCAAGAUAAUCAAACAUAUGAACUGAUACAUAUUUAUCCACGUCUUAUUCGAUUGUAUGAACAACAUAAAACUCUAACACGAAUCUUGCAUGAUCAAUCAAAUUAUAAUCAAUCGAUAGGUAUUCAAUUAUCUUAUCUUCGAUUAUCCGAUUGUAUUGCUCUUCUAUUUCCUGAAUUACCCAUACUAUUCAUGAGUUCACUCCAAUUAGAUAAAUUUGAUUUUCAAAAUGUUCAUCACUUCGAAACUUAUUUGUCUAGCUAUGAAUUUCGAACAUCGAUUAAAGAAUUGUAUGAAAAACGAUUCAUAUUACAAAGUACGACAGGUGAAUCUAUAUCUUUACUCUCUUGCAAUGCUGAAACAGCCAGUCAAACGCUCAUAGAAUCUAUGAAGAGUGUUGUCCAAAUAAUGGCAACAUCUGCAAAAACCGAAGAUAUAAGUAAACAUUGGUUUUAUCAACUAUUCGAAAGUAACGAAUAUCAUUCGUUUUUUGCAUUUGAAAUACAAUCAUUCUUGAGUAAUUUAUUCGAUGAAAUGAAAGAUAAUUUAUCUACAUUCAAAGAUAAAUUAGACAACACUGGGAUAACUAUAGCAACAAACUAUUUGAAAUUUUCCGAAUUAAUUGUUAUUAAAUACGGACAAGAACUUCAAAGGUGUAGAUCUAGAAAAGUAACAGCUGAAAAAGAACUCAAUGGAUUACUAUUUAACAAUUAUAGGCGAGAAGAAUUGGAAAGAAAUGCGGAAGAGGCUAGAAAUGAAUGCAAAAAAGUUGAACGAGAUUAUCAAAUUCAAUUGAAUACUGUAGCCAACGGACAAAUACGUCGAUUAUUAGAAAUAAAUCGUAAAUUACAAGUUAAAGGAAAUUAUUUACCAUUGGAAAUAAUUGAAAUAAUUGAAAAUCGAAAACGUGAAGGAACAGAAACUCAAGAAAAACGACAAGUUUACACAUCAAGUGAAUUCUAUGCAUAUUUAUUUCAAUCGAAAACAGUAUUACUAAAACUUGAAAAACCACAAUUUGAACAAGUAAAAUCUCGUGUUCAAGUGUUUAUUAAACAACUCACUCAAGAACUGACACAAUGUUAUGAUGAUUAUCAAGAAGCUCUUUUAUGGCUUCGAUCAGACGAUAGUUUAUAUAAAAUAUUUCAUAAUUAUCUUCUUGCUUACAAAUUAAUACAUACUCAAUUAUUAAAUUCCAUACAAAAUUGGUUACAUGAUAUCAACAGUCAACGUAAUUUAUAUGUGCAACAAAUGGAAAGUAUGAUAAAUCAAACAAAUACACUCAUUUUCGAGUCAUUAGAUAUUAUCGAACCGAUUAUUAAUGCAUCCCAUAUCGCAUCAAUUCCUACAAAUAUGGAAACAGUUCAUCAAGCACUACAAAAACUUAGUCAAAUCGCUUUUCAUAUUGAUAAAUUUGCUAAUACUGCACGUGUAGUUUAUUCAUCAAAGGUACUCUCGAUUUUAUUACAAUAUUGUGCUAGCCUAUAUGCACGCAUCGCCAUUUUUCUUGUUCAAUUAUUUAAAACUCAACAAACAAACCCAUUGGUAUUUGCACAAUUGAAAACAAUGAAAAUUAAAAUCGAUGAUCAUUCAUACGAAUGGGAUGAUCAUAUGAAAAGAUUAAUAAGUCUUAGUGGAUAUCGUGAACGUGCAGAUUUACCUGGUACAACUUUACCAGUUGAUGAAUAUUCAUUGAAAGAAUUUCAUAAAUCUCUAUCUUAUGAUUUUUCAAUCUUACAACAUAGUUUGAAACUUCGAUAUACACAUGCAUUCAGUGAAAUAUGUUACAAUCCAGCAGCCAUAAUUGAUAAUAUAGAACGGAAAAUGAGAGAUCUUCUACAAAUUGGUGAUUGGAAUGAUAGUGGACGUUUCACAGAGUCAGCAUCGAAGACAUAUCCUUUGGUACAAGUUAGUUAUAAUUUAAAUGUUCUUGUUAACAAUACUCAAUGUUUAAUAUUAAAAAUUUUCGAAAAUCCUACAGAUACAUUGGAACAUGAAACAGUAAAAAAUUUACAACCAUUUCUUCAAAAUUUAAAACGUGCUAUUCAUUUAUCAUGCUCAUCAUCAUUGGAGACUAUGCAUGCUGAGUUCUUAGAUUAUAUUCACAAAGAUUAUUUAGAUCUAUUAUUAGAGCAAGGACUUCAAUUUAUCAAAUUUUUAUUCGAUGAACGAAAGAAACUAAUCGAACCCUUAAGCCAUAUACGACCGGUAUUAGAAAAUUUUGUAGACCAAUUCAUUUUAUUCUUUAUUCAAUUACUUCAACAAGAACAACAAAAACAAACAGAUUUCUUACAAAAAGAAUAUAAUAAUACUAUUAAAACUCGUGUAAAUUUCGAAGAUAUUCAUUUACUUGAAACAUUAUCUAAAGCAAAUUUAAUUCGUCUAUUUCGACAUAUUGAAAAUAUCGAUGAACAAAUUGAUUGGUACAAUCAAUUAGCCCAAUUUCUUAUUCAAGGUUGGUUACAAGCAUCAAAGAUUCUUCGUGCAUUUGCUACACCACUCAAUGGAGAUCACGAUUCAGCAUCAAAACGAUUACGUUAUUCAUUUGUUUUCAAAUUAUUAAAUGAUGAAGGACAACAAAUAUUUAUAUUUUUAAAACAAACAAUUGGUCAAUUGAAAGAGAAAUAUCCAAGAAUAGAAAUGCUAAAUGAUGAACCUGUGAUUGUUUAUCUUAUUCGACUGACUAAAUUACUUCGUUUUGAAUUAUUACGAAUGUCGACAAUAAACUUAAAAGAACUAAAAAUUGAAUUGAAUAAAACAGUUCGUAACACUUUACGACCAAAUUUAUCGCAAAUUCAAACAAUAACUGAUGUUUGGAAUAAGGAAAUGAAUCUAUUAUUGUUACAACGAAAAACAAUCAAUGAAUCAUGGGUGCAACAAUUAAUGGAUCAAUAUUUGAUCAGAGUUCGAACAAUCGAAGAAGAAAAUAAACGUUCACAACAAGAUUAUGAUUUAAAAUGUCGACAAGUUCAGGAAAGAAUUAAGCGUACGAAACAACUCUCUAUUGAUAUAUUUAAUGGUGUCAAACUCAUUGGACAACUCUUACAUGAAUCAAUAUUUAAAACUAAUAAUUUCGAUAUUGACAAUGCUGAGACAAUACUUAGUAAUGCUAUACAAGUUGUAAGACGAUUACUUAAAAUUCAACAAUUAAUUCCAAAACAAUGUCGCUCAGAUGAUGACAAAGAAGGCAAAGAAUUAGUGAGUAUGAUUCGCAUCGAAUCAAUUUGUAUCGAAGUUAAAGAAGUUAAAUAUGGAGAUAAUGUACCUCGAGAUCUAACAGCAACAUGGGUAAAAGAUUGGAAUAGUCGAAUUCAACUUGUUCAAGAAGGACAUGAUGGAAAAAUAAUUCUAGGCGAGGUGAAGUUAUUGGAUGACAAAUAUUUAUCAAAAGCUGUGAAUAAUUUAUUUUCAUAUUCAAUCCCUAUACCAUCCGAUGGUAGUUCUGUUACAUCACCGAAACCUUGGAUCUUAGAACUAUUAGCUGGCAAAGCCAGUAGUGAUAAAUGGACGAGGAUGGUUCGUAUACCUCUGGAUCUUCUCAAAUCUCCAUUAUACGAUAAACAAGAACAAACACACAAAUUCGGAUAUUACAAGACAGGUACAAUUAUUUUACAUUUUACGCCAAAUAUCAACAUCGGUAUCUUUAAUAUACCUGUCGAAGAUGUUUUCAAAAUGACAAAUGAAUCAGUUACUACAACUGAAGGAACAGAAAUAGUUGUAAGCGAAGAUCCAUUUCUUGCUUUAAAAAUACAAUAUCAAGAGUUCACUUCUUUUGAAAGAAAGAGAAAUCUUGAAAACUGGUUAGUGGACCUCAAAAUGAAAUGUACAGAAAUCGAAUCUAAAAAAUCAAAUGAAUACAACAUGCCACGAGAGCCCCUUCUCAAAGAUAUACCUCCUCUAGAAGCAAAAAAAGAUGUACCAACAAUUGCAAUGAGAGCAGAUACUCAAAAAUUGAACGUAUCAAUACCACCUACACAUCAUUAUCUAAUGACUGAACUUCCAUCGAAAUAUGAACAAUUAGAUAGCAUAAUUAUUCAAACAAUAGAUAUAUUGACUAGUAGUAUUAAUGAUGAUGAGCUCGAUAAAAUUCAACAUGGUAUCGUCCGAAGAUUUGAUUCAGCUGAUGAUUUAAAACAAGGAGUAAAAAUCUUCAAAGAGACUUUUCGCUUCGAUAAAUUAGUAGCCACUCUUUUGAACCUACAUAAUACAUCAAUAAAAAUACAAAAGAGUCUUCAAUGUGGUCAAGAAUUUCAACAAACAUUAAACAGAAUACUUGAUUAUUUAAAACGAUAUGGUUUUCUUAUACAAUUGUCCGACAAUGGAGGUACAAUAUCCAGAGAAGUAAUCGAUAAACUUUAUACAAGUGAAAUGAAUACAUUACUUAAUGAUGGAAGUUCAUUAGCUCAAAAAGAAUUGCUCUUCGGUAUACAUAUAUACCAUUUUUUGCUAUCCACCGAAUUGAAUUUCAUCCAAUUGAUUGUUUAUUCACUUGAAACAAAAGAACAUUCUGAACAAGCUCUUAAUCAAAUCGAAACAAUAAAACAAUAUUGGCUUCAAAAAGAUCAACAGAUAUUAAUCGGGGAGAAACAAAUCGAUGCAUGUCGAAGAAUUAUUGAAGAAACUAUUACUCAAAUACAUGGACGAAAGAAACAAAUCCGUUCAACACUUCAACAACCAUCACGUAUAACGAAUUUAACUGAAAUCAGCAAAGCAGUUAAUGUUAAGUCACUCGUAAAAUCGACUGGUUCACCAUCAACUAAUAAAAUAAUAAUUAAUAAACAGGAUGGUGAAUAUUUUCCAUCACAAUCAUCAAUAAUCAUACAAUUUGAACAAAUUAUUCAAAAUUGGUCUUAUGCACAACUCAAAACAAAAACACUUGAAAUUAUCAAUAAUACUGAUGAUGACAUUGAUUUUGAAAUAUUAUCUAUAUCACAAGAACGUUCUCGGUCCAUAUUUACUAUUAAUCAUUCAUUAUCAACUAUUGAACUACAUGAUUCGAAUAAUCUCAAGAUAAUUCCUAAUAGUGAAGUGAAUGAAGGUAAAUAUCAAGAAGAAUGGCAAUUGAAAUUAGCAAAUAAACGAUUAUGCAUUUUGAUAAUACUUUGUUGUGAAAUAAAAGAAUUUUAUAUUGGUAUUGAUUUACCAUUAAUGGAAACAGAAAUCGAUGGUCAAUCGCCAAAUCAAAUAAAAACAUAUGAAAUUAAUUUCGGUACAGUUCUUUCAUGUCCUCGUUCUCAAAGAUCUCAUUCAUUUACAAUUGAAAAUCCAAUGUCACUUGAUCUUCGAGUUAAAUUACGGCGAGAAACUGGUGCAACUGGUAAAUUUGACAUUGAUAGUAAACAAAUGGACUUUUUCCUAUUUGCUUAUGAAUCAAAAGUAUUAACUAUCGAUUGGCAUAUUCAAGAUGUAAUUCAAGAUUCCAAAUGUAUCUAUGAAAUUUACUUUAGUAAAGAUAUUAAAUAUCGAAUUAUUUGUUUGGGUAAAAUACGAAAGAUAUCCUAUGAUAUUAUGCAUAACUCAAUACGUUUAACAGAAAAACAAUAUCGUACUGAAUUACCACCAUGUCUUCCUAAUACUAUUCAUUACGAAGAAUUGAUUAUACAUAACACAGGUGAAGUCAAAAUGACUAUGGAAUCAAAAGCUGAAAAUAUACCAACAGGUGCAAUUAUUACUAGUUUAUCGCAUAAUCAAGCUGUUCUAGAACCAAAUGCAUCUAUUACAUUAAAAAUGGAAUUACAAGUGAAUAAAGCACAUUCAACUCUUGAUAACAUUGUUAAUCUAGUUUUUCCUGGUGCAACCCAACGACCAUCGUUUAAAUUAAUACUGAAAACAUCAGCUGGUUGGCCGGAAUUAGAUCAAGAAUUAUUAAAACAUUUGAAAACGUUCGAAGUACAAGAAGAUAUGAAUGAAAAAGAAGGUCGAAUCAUUGUAUUCAAUAAAGGUUUAGUUGAAAUGUUAAUCGAUGAAUUACAUUCAACAUCUUCGCAUAUUUCAAUUGAUGAGUCUAAUACAUAUCCACCUUCGAUAUUACCUCGUCAAAAGAUCGAAUAUAAUUUUAUUUACAAAGUUCAAAAGAAAUUAGCAGCAUUCGAUUGUGAAUUUGUACUUAAAACGAAUUGUAAAGAAGAAAUGCAACGUAUUCCAUUUCAUUGUAAACGUUUGGCGCCUAUUAUCACUAUUGAUCAAAAUGUUCUGCAUUGUGGUACAACAACACCACAUACAAAACUUUCACCAUUCACAAUAAUAAUAAAAAAUGAUGGAUAUUUACGUGCUCAGUUGGAAUGCGAGUCUUAUGAUAAUGAUGAAGUCAUUUCUUUCAAAAUCAGAAGUGAUCAAAAGCGCGUUGCCAUACCUCCUGUUGAUUCGCGAUCAAUUAAAUGUAUUGUAGAGAUUAAAAAGAACGCACCACUAGGAGAUUUCAAGAUAGAUGUUCCAGUAACAGUUCUAUCGGCAAGAGGUCUACUGAAGAAAUACAAAUUGAUAGUUACUGGUCGAGUUAAAGCAAAAGAUGAAUUGAAGGAACCAACUUUACCAAUUGAUCUUCCACCAUCAUCACAACAAAUAUCACAAUCAACAACUGGAAAACAAUUGAUGAAAUUACUUGAAGAUGAUAGUAAUUCGUAUCGACAGCGUGCAACAACUGCUAUUGCCCCAAUCAUUACUCAACUCGAUGAAUUAAUACAUCAUCAACCUAAACUUUCCGAUAUUCCACAUAAUUUAACAUGUGAGCAAAUUCUAUCGAGUCUCGAAUCAGAUGAACAUGAAAUAUCCUCAUACACAAAUGCAAUUCAAGAAAGUAUUAAACAAACAUUCAAUUUAUUUUCAAGAAAACAUUGGAGUGAAUUGUAUGAAAAUAUCGACAAAAUAUUAAAUGAACAAUUAGCUCCAGCCAUCAUUGGCUCACCACAUAAGAGUGAUUCAGAAAAUCUUUUAUUACCUUUGAAAUGUGCUGAAAAAUUAUCUGUCCUUUUCGAAGAACAAUCACGAAAUAGUGAUGAACAAAUUUUAGGACGUUUAUUAGAAUAUGAAAAACAUUCUUUCGAAAAAAAUAACAACGAUCACACAGCUAAAAAACGUCUACUCGAUUAUACAACAGAAUUAAUUAUGAAUCAAAAUAAAAAAUUGACCAGUAAAGAGAAACAACAAAUGAAAAUAUUAAUAGAUAAAGCCACCGAUACUGUACGAAAUAUCGAAGAAAAAGGUCAUCCUGAACAAGCAUUCAGUAAUCUUUUAUCUGAAAUGACAACUGAAACAAAUCAUAAUUCAUUAAAUUUUCUCGAUCAAAUCUUACAAUUAGCAUCGAAUGAAAAACCAGUUAAUGAAAAGAUUAUUUUACAAAAAUUAUACGAAUCAGAUGUAUCAUUAGCUGAUACUGAACUUGUUACACAAGCAAUUACAGCUUCAGAAAAUUCGCUCUCACCUAGUUCAGUGUUUGAUUUUCUUCAAACACAUUUAGAUGAUUCCGAUGAAACAAAGAAUGCUGUUGAACUUAUGAAAUUAAGUGAAAAAUUUUCACAUGAUGAUUAUCAACCAUCAGUGAAAGACAUAACGACAUUACCAUAUGUUGUUGCUUCAUUAUCAUCGGAUUUAGAUACGAAAGAACAAGAAACUAUUCAUGGUUUUCAACGUCUUAUUUCAAAUUUAACAAAUGGAGUCAAAAAACUAGCCGAUCGUAGUUGUGAUUGGUCUAAAUUUAUUGAAGAUCUAUGUGCAACACUCAGCCUGCAUCUUGAUUCAACAAUUGUUGAUUCAUUAAGAACUGUUCUAACUAUCGUUCUAUUAAUAGAUCGAACAUCCAUUUGUAAUAAUCAAACUUAUAUUAAUAUCAUUUCAGCAAUGUUAAAUUUUGGUAAUGAUCGUUGUCGAACUCUAUCAUCGGAUUUGAAAAAAUUAAACGAACAAAAAGAUCCAUUUGAUCUUUUCGAAACAAUAUUAUCAAUUACAUAUUAUUGUCGUCGAUUGAAACCAACACAAACUACAUGGAUAAAGAUUAUUCGAGAAAAAAUAGCGACAUUUCGAUCAGGACAUUCUUCAUCAACUUCAACCGCCAAAUUUCUUACAACACUUGAACAAUCUUUUCUAGAAGAAUUAAAACUAACUGAACAUAAGAAACUGCAUGAUAAUCUAACAGCUAUAUUAUCCGACGUUCAAAAAAGUAAUAUUCUUGGAAUAAUGCAAAAUGUUUCCGAACUAUGCGAUUUAAUGCAUCCUGAAGAUACCGAACAAAAAGCGAACAAAGUAUUAGAAUUAGGUAUUCAGUUAACUAGUCGUUUGAAUGAUGGUAUCAAUGGACAUACGACUCUUGAUCAUCUUAAUACAUUAUUAGAAUCUUAUCAAAAUCUAAUACCAAUUAUGAAUGGUGAAUUAACUCGAUCAAAUAUAUCAACAUUAGUUGAACAAACUAUCGAAUGUAUUCCUGAUGAAACUACAAAACAAGUUCUACGACCAAUUUCAAAUGUAUUAAACAGGUUGAAUACUACUAAACAUGUAACUAUGGGCACUGUUGUUGAACUUCUUGAUAUUAUACCAGAUCAACAUUUGUCCGAACAUGUUAAAUGUAUCUUUUUAACGGCACCAGAGAUACUUAAUGGUAAUAUCAAACAAUCUGUGAUGGAAUUAGCACAGCAAAUAAUCAGUGAAGAAUUAUCAGAUGUCAGUGAAAUUAGUUUAAAUAAAAUAAUUGAUCAAGGCACGUCUGAACCGAUAAAAGCGCUAAAAUCAAUUUCAGCUUUACUUCCUGACGGUCUUCGACUUGGAUUUAAUUUUGGAAUUGAACAAUUGUCAUCAUCAAAAAUAUCACAAGAACAAAUAAUUAAGAAAGUGUCUGAAUUAUACAAUCGAGAAAUAGCAAAUGCUUUAGAAGUCUCAUUUAAUGUUUUGGAUUCAUUGAAAACAGACAAAUUACAAGCCUUGAAACACCUAUUAAAAUUGGUACCAAAUGAACGUGCACAGACAAUUUUUGAUACUCUCGAACAUAUCAGUGAAUUAGAAACAUGUGACAUAAAAGAUGUUGUUAAAAUAACAUUAGAAUUGGCAUCUAUCAUAGCACCAAAGAAGAUGUCUGAAACAUUUGAAACUGUCGGUAAUGUUUAUGAGAAAAUAGCCAAUCAUCAAGAAAUUGAUGCUGUUAAAGAUGCACUUCGGCUCAUUCCAUUUGUUCCAGAACAAGCUCAUAAUGUAAUAGAAUCAUUAACAAAAUUAUCAAAACAAGAGAUAACAGCAGAAAAUGUACUUGGUUGUGCAUUUGAUGCAACAAUGAAUAUAGUUGAUGAGAAAACAGCAAAAGCAUUAGGUACAGCACGAAAUAUUAUCAAUCAAAUACAAAAUCGUGAUAUUCAAGGUGCAGUUCAUUCAAUUGCAAAUGAAUUCUUUCCUGAAUAUGCUACAAAAAUUGAUACUGCUAUGGAAAUUGCAAAUUCAACCGCUCAAAUCCUAUCACAAACAAAUGAUCCUUUACAAGCAUUGAAUAGUCUUUUGAAUAAUAAUAAAUUAAAGUCACAUUUACCUCCAGAAAUUCAAAAAGUCUAUGGUAUAGCUCAAGAGCUACGAACAGUAAUUGAUCACAAAGAUAUGGCAAAAGAAGAACUAGCGAAAUGUGCAUUAAAAUUAGGAGCAUCAUUUUUACCACCACAACAUGCCGAGAAAGUAAAUGGAGUCGUUAAUUUAAUCGAUGCAAUUCGUUCUGAUGAUCCACAAAAAAUAUUAGAUCAGUCAUUAAAUGUCGCUGCGACUUUUCUUCCACCAGAAGUAAACAAUAUUAUUCAACCAGUCAUACCGGCAUUACGCAAAAAACUCAACAAUGAAAAGAUUAGUUAUGAAGACAUUAUUGAUAUUGCUCGUUCCUACAUUGGUGGAAAAGGACAACAAAUACUUAAUGGUGCUAAACCUUUGGUGUCAGCAUUAAUAAAUGAAAAGCGUCUAUCAGGUGACCAAUAUCUCGAUCUUAUUGAUACUGCAAUGACUGCCAUGGGUGUCAAUAAAGAAGUAGUCGAUAUCGUUCAAAAAGCUAAAACUGUCUACAAAAAUGUUCGUCAAAUUCAACAAGGCGUGUCAGCUCUGAUGAAAGCAACAACACUAACUUCGAAAGUGGCACAGAUUAGUUCAAUUGCAUCGGCUGUAUUAACAUUGCUCAGUGAACUUAUACCUAAUUUGCCGGAAUCUGUCAAAACAGCUAUUGAUAUAAUUAGUGGAAUUGCUCUACUAUUAACCGCCACAAAUCCUGUUGGACUUGUAUUAGCAGCAAUGGGCUUAGUGUUCUCUCUCUUCAAGCUAUUUAGUGGAAUGGGAGGUGGAGGCAGUGGUGGUGACGGAGGUGGUGGUGCAGGAGAAAGUGGUGGUAGUGGCGGUACCAGCGCCAGUGGUAAAGGAGGAAGUAGUGGGGGUAGUGGUGGUGGUGGUACAGAAGGAAGUGGUGGUAGUGACGGUGCCAGUGCCAGUGGUAAAGGAGGAAGUAGUGGCGGUAGUAGUGGUGGUACAGGAGGAAGUGGUGGUAGUGGCGGUGCCAGCGCCAGUGGUAAAGGAGGAAGUAGUGGAGGUAGUGGUGGUGCUGGUGAAAGCGGCGGAAGUGGAGGCAGUGGUGGUGCCAGCGCCAAUGGUAAAGGAGGAAGUAGUGGUGGUGCUGGUGGAGGUAGCGGUGGAAGUUCUAGUGGUGGUAGCAGCGGUACUAGUGCAAGCACCGGCAAAGGUGGUGCAAGCAGUGGAGGUAGCAGUAGUGUCGGUGCAAGUGCCGGCAAAAGUAGUGUAGGUACCAGCGGUGCCAGUGCAAGCAGUAGUGGAAGCAGUGGUACUGGUGCAAGCAGUGGAGGGAGCAGUGUUGCUAGUCCAAGUACUGGCAAAGGUGGUGGUGGAAGCACUGGUCCCAGUACAAGUAGUGGCAGUAGUGGUGGUACUGCUGCAAGCGGUGGAGGUACCAGUGAUACCAGUGCAAGCAGCGGAGGUAGUGGUGGUGCCAGUACAAGUACCGGCAAAGGUAGUGGUGGUAGUAGCAGUAGUGCCAUUGGAGGUAGUAUCGGAGCUAGCGGUACCAUUGAAGCCACAGAAGCAAUAUCAUAUGAGUCUACUGUUCCAGUAAGUCCUUUAUUGAUGGGUGAAACAAGUGCAGAGGCAAGAGAAGCAGCAAAAACAAAAGUAGAAACACUCGCAUCAGAAGCAGCUCAAUUAAAUGAAGAAUCAGAAACACAAGUAUCAAAUAUAGUUAAACAAGACGAAUUAUUGUUACCAGAAACAAUCACAUGUUUAGCAACGGCUAAUAAAAUUAACAAUAAAAUUCAAGCAACUAUGAAUACUAUUCAACAGAUGGCGGCAAACAAUAUGAGAAGAGAAAUAGAUAAUCUAGCCAAAACGACAUUACCCAAGGUUAUUCAAACAUCAUUACAAUUAUAUCAAUCAUUGGAGUUCAUUGAAUCAUGUUCAGGUGAUAUCGAUGGUCAUAUAAAACGAAAAUGUCAAGAAAUACAAAGAGACUUAAUACAAGUUUUGGAUAAAUUAAGUGCAUCAGAAUCCUUACGUAAAUUGUGGAAACUCAGUAAGAAAAAUGAAUUAGUAGAUGAUUAUGAUAUACCCGAAGAUGGUCAUGGCUCGGAUUUGAAUUAUCAAGGACAAGGUCAACAGCAGCAAACAAAUUUGGAUAAUAUUAAACAGCUCUUACAAGGAUUUGAAGAUUCGAAAUUUGAACAAGGUGAAAUAAUGGGUGAUCCGAUAUUACACAAGUUAGGUAUUCGUCUCGAUAAUCUUGUGGCAAAUUACGACAGUGAUUUGAAUGCAACUCUCGAUGAAAAUAAUGAAGACACAGAAAACAAUACAGAUCCAUCUACAUCGCCUGCGGAACAUCGAACAACUGCUAAUCGCGACGUGGCCCUAGAGAUUGAUGAUCAUGGAGAAGUGACAAAAGACGGACCAGAAAAUUCAUCAACAUUCAAAGGAGACACUAAAUCACCUGGAGUUAUCCGUGUGGAAUUUUGUCCCACUAUUGAUGGAAGUCCAUCACCAGAUAAAAAACCAUCAAAACAAGAGAGUUCAAAAGUAACCAUCAGUAAACAACAAUUAUAA